GAUAAACUCUUCAGAGGUUGCAGACUCGGCUAGCGUGCGCACAGCUCGUGCCAGCCUGCUGCAGUGCUUGUUCGAUCUGCGGAGGAGAAAGCUGAUGGCGUCAGGAGAAUUCAGGGGCGCUUGAGAAGAGUCUGUUGCAAAAGAUCAGGAGGAAAGGAAAAGCAAGCCCUGUGAACGUUGGUUAUAACGUUUCUGAAUUGUGGAAUAUUUGCGGGUUUGCAUGCAUUGCUAGGUGCCUCUCGUUUCAAGUAUCAAGGCGAGUUGGGCUUUGGCGGGGCCAGAUCACUCUGCUUCUUUUAAGCGGUUCUUGCCCUAGAUCUAAGAGUAACGCUUUCAGCUGAGGCGCAGAUCUGUAGAGAGCAUCUGAAGUGCCACCUGGAUUUGCAGACCAGGGGAGUGUCUGUUGUAGCUGAAGGUGCAAAAGAUUGCUCAGACAUUAGGUGCAGCGGUUUUGCAACCCAGCUGCUUGAAGUACGUAGGACCAGAUUGACCAAGACUUUUUCUUGGCAAAGUACGCUGGUCCAUUUUCCUGAAGACAGCCUCUUUCUCUACCAAGGAGCUCGUCAAUUGGCGGCGAUAAGUGGUUGGGGGCUGACAGGGGAGUGAGGGAUUGGAAGGGGGCCAGAUGGCUCAGCCUCAGAAUGCUUUCGAGAGCGCAUGGCUGAUGCUGACGGACAACUUCACCGAGUUUCAGCUGGCCUCGAUUGGAAGUUUUCUCAUCCAUGAGAGUGUGUACUUCCUUUCGGGCAUUCCGUUCCUGCUUAUGGAGAUGUACAACAUACGCAAAUACAAAAUACAGAAAAAGGUGAACACGUCGGCGGCGCAGCAGAAGUGCUUGAAGAAGCUGAUGUUCUACCACUUUUGCGUCAACCUGCCAGUCAUGAUGCUCUCGUAUCCUGUCUUCAAGUACAUGGGCUUUACCACCGCGCUGCCGCUCCCUUCCUGGAAAACGAUCGGGGGCCAGCUGUUCUUGUACUUCAUCAUUGAGGACUUCAUCUUCUAUUGGGGCCACCGGCUCCUGCACACAAAGCUCCUCUACAAGUACAUACACUCUGUGCACCACGAAUAUGCCACCCCCUUCGGCCUGACUUCCGAGUACGCCCACCCGCUGGAGAUCCUCUUCCUGGGUUUCGCCACGAUCGCGGGCCCCGCGCUCACCGGCCCCCACCUGCUGACCCUCUGGCUCUGGAUGAGCGUGCGCGUGCUGGAGACGGUGGAGGCGCACUGCGGGUACGAGUUCCCGUGGAGCCCCUCCAAGUUCUUCCCGAUCUACGGGGGCGCCGACUUCCACGAUUACCAUCACCGCUGCCUGUACACCAAGAGCGGGAACUACUCGUCCACCUUCACCUACAUGGACCAUCUAUUUGGAACGGAUGUCGGGUACCGGAAGCUAAAGAAGGCCCAAGCCGAGGCUGCCACUAAAAUCGUUGUCAAGGACAAUGAAGCCAGCACCGAUUCGGAUGACGCCGUGGAGGUGGUCAAGAGCAACUAAGCCAUGCUCCGAAACUCGGCUACGUUUGUGUUGUGUUGACGGAUUGUUGGAUGGCGGAGGGCCCUGGGAAGUUUCGCUCUUCAGCAGUGGAGCGGCCUAAUAAUCCGUAGAAAUCGGGUGCAGGACAAGGAUAAGCUGUUUGGGGGGUCACCGUGUGCUUUUUGAUGGGGGCUGCACGCCGUAGUCUCUGAUGGAUGUGGGCUCUUUGUAAACGAUUGGUCUUCCAACAGGAGAGCUCGUUGGCAAGAGCGGGGCCAGACAGAGCUCAAAUGCACGUGAACUUGUUCACAUUCUGAUUCUGAUUGAUUCUGAACUUUGAUCAGUAGAUUAGUUUCUCUCAGCCCUCCUACCUUUGCGCAUGUAGUAAAAGUGCAGCGGGUAGGAGGAGCACGAUUAGAUAGACGCUUAGGUGUAGUAUCGAGAUGACAAACUCAGUAGCGAAUAAAGACUCGUGAAUUGUGGAUGAGUCGUAGGGAUUGCAAAAUCUGAGGGCCAAAGCCCUCAAGUCUUUCGCAUCGAUCAAGCUCCGCUCUUGCCAAUACUUGGCUUGUUGGCUUUGGAGUCCGAAAAGUUUGAUCUGCAACAAGGACGGUCAUAGUUAGGCAUUGCAAGUCGCAUGUUUCUUGGUAGACGUUACCGUCUAGCUAGCUCAGCUGCAGCUGCAGCUGCACAACGG